AUGGCAGCAGGAGAAGAAGGUCAUGCAAUAGGUAUUGAUUUAGGGACAACGUACUCGUGUGUGGCGGUGUGGCAGCAUGAUCAAUUAGAAGUCAUAGUGAAUGAUCAGGGCAACAGGACUACUCCAUCUCAAGUUGCCUUCUCUGAUACUGAGACGUUUGUAGGUGAUGCAGCACUCAACCAGAUUAUCAGAAACCCAACAAACUCCAUCUUCGAUGCAAAGCGUUUAAUUGGUAGGAGAUUUAGUGAUGCUUCUGUUCAAAGUGAUAUAAAGCUCUGGCCAUUCAAAGUCAUUGAAGGUCCUGAUGAUAAACCUAUGAUUGUGGUUACCCAUGAGGGCCAAGAGAAGAAGUUUUCUGCCGAAGAUAUCUCAUCCAUGGUCCUCUCAAAGAUGCGGGAGAUUGCUGAGGCCUAUGUCGGCUCGACUGUUAAAAAUGCAGUUAUCACAGUCCCUGCUUACUUCAGUGACUCACAGCGGAAUGCUACCAAAAAUGCUGCUAUCACAGCUGGCCUGAAGGUGCUGCUCAUGAUCAAUGAACCAACUGCUGCAUCCAUUGCUUAUGGCCUUGACAAAAAAGCCAGUUGGUAUAGAAAGAGAACCGUGAUGAUGUUUGAUUUUGGUGGUGGUACUUUAGAUGUGUCACUACUUACCAUCAGUGGUGGUGUGUUUCAAGUGAAUGCUACAGCUGGAGACAGUCACCUUGGUGGUGAAGACAUCGAUAAUCGAAUGGUGAAGCAUUGUGCUGAACAUUUCAAAAAGAAGCACAAUUUGGAUAUUGAUAGAAACCCGAAAGCUCUUGGGAGGCUGAAAAGUGCUUGUGAGAAGGCAAAGAGGCGACUAUCAUUUUCAGUUAAAACUGACAUUGAAAUUGACUGUUUGUAUCAGAAUACUGAUUUCUACAUAACUUUCACCCGUGCCAAGUUUGAAGAAAUCAACAAGGAUUUCUUCAACCAAUGUAUGGUGCCAGUAGAGAAAUGCUUGAAGGAUGCUAAAAUGGACACAGGAUGUGUUGAUGAUGUUGUUCUUGUUGGUGGCUCCUCUAGAAUUCCCAAGGUUCAACAACUAUUGCAAGAUCUUUUUGAGGGUAAGGAGUUGUGCAAAGGCAUUAAUCCUGAUGAAGCUAUAGCACAAGGUGCUGCUAUUCAAGCUGCAGUUUUGAGUGGGAAUGGAAAUGGAAAGCUUCAAGACUUUAGUCUUUUAGAUGUCACACCUUUUUCACUAGGGGUUGAGACUGGGAGAGAACGUGACAUGACGGUUGUGAUUCCCAGAAACUCCAGCAUUCCCAUCAAGAAGUACUAUACUGUAACUACUCGCCAUGAUAACCAAGCUGUUGUAAAAUUUGCUGUUUAUGAGGGUGAGAGUAUAACAACCGUGAAUAACUACUUUCUCGGUGACUUUAGGCUCCAAGAUAUUCAUCCAGCUCCCAGGGGUGUUCCUAAGUUUAACAUCUGCUUUGACAUCGAUGCAAGUGGCAUUCUGAAUGUAACUGCUGAGGACAUGUUGACAGGCCAAAAGAAGGGGAUUACCUUCACAAAUGACAGAAACUCUGAUGGAAUUGAGAGGAUUAUUUAA